GUUUGGGUUCGGUUAUCUUGAACUGUGUAUGCCUGCAAGCUUACAUGGGAUUUUCCAACAUUCUGGCUCGUAGUCCAUGGUUUGGGACCGCCUGUUUCUUUUUUCCAUGUGCGGAUUUCAAUUUCAUUGUUGUUUAGAAUGCGGGUAACGUCAUGACAAUUAAAUGUAUCGUGCGCACCUUUUGGCGGGACGAUGCGAAACUGUGGAGCAUUAAUAUUCAUACUGGGAGUAGAAAUUAGUGGUAACCCUCCUUGCCGGAUGCUGAUCAUCGCCACUUCUGAAGUUGCCGACUGCCGCACAUCGUCGAUUUAUCGGCCGGUGGCAUCUGAAGCAACCUUGCUAGUCCCUUAGGCUAUUUCUCCUUGCACCCCCUCCAGCUUGAUGGACUUGAUUUGCUGCGAAGACCCAUCUGCGCUCACUCCAUGCUCUGACGAGUACGACGACGCCGCGCCUCUUGACAUGGACACGGCCAUUGAGAUCCUCGUCAGAGUGAUUGAAACUGAAUCCUCGUACCCCCGCUCGAUCGAUUACCUCGCGACAGUCCAAACGCACGGAAUGGAGGCCGGGUGGCGCCGCCGCGUGUGCGACUGGAUGGUCAACACCCGCAAGAUCUUCGACCUCAGCCCCGACACGGUGGCAUGUGCGGUCCACCUGAUGGAUCAAUGUUUAUGUGUGCUGUCCGUGGACAAGAUUGUGUUGCAACUGGUGUCUGUCAUGUGUUUGUCCGUUGCGUCCAAAGUCCACGAGAACCGUGCGAUCUCGAUCGAGGAAAUCGAUUUGUUGUGCCAAGGCAAGUACCCCCGCGCGGAAAUGGUCAAGAUGGAAAUGCGCAUCUUGGAGACCGCUGCAUGGAAGCUGAAUCCCCCGUCCGCGGUCGGCAUUGCGCGGGACUUGCUCGCACUCGAAGCAUGUUCGGCCCAUGGAUGUGCCGUCGACAUUCCCGCCAUCGAGAGCAUGGUCACCCACCUGCUCGACGCGUGUUUGAGCGAAUAUGCGCUUAUGCCCAUCCUCGAAUCGGUCAAGGCCCUAGCGGCCCUAGAAGCGGUGUGCUUAACGCAGUUCCACAUGGCGUCGCCAGUCGUGCAGUAUGUGUUGGAUGAACUGCAUUUCCCCGAGCACCGCUUUCACGAAUGUGUCCAAGUCAUGCUCGAGAUAUCCCAGAAGGUGUUUGCCAUCGGCGAGCCCCACAUGGAGAACACUUCAUCGUCGGGGGGCAAGCGACAUGCACCGACGCAGCGGUCGGCGACCCCCACCGGCGUGGACGCGCCCCAGCAUCUCAUCACGACAACGGUGGCUCGGUCCCCUAGCAGCACUCACAUCCACAAGAAAGCCCGCCGCGGCUAAGUGGACUCGUACAAGGUGGUGGUAGUAGUAGAUGGCAACCCCUUAUUUUAUUCUCCUCAAUGGGAACUCGUGCUUAUUUAUCCAUGCCGCUAAAAUGGCGACAAAAUCAGCUUGAUUUUAGUAUAGUAUACUCUACGUGAAUAUAAUGUACAAGAUCGCAUUGCAAUAUGGACUUGACUACUGUAUGGAAAAAAGCAACCAUUUGGCUAC